AUGCUUAUAACAGAAACCUCGCCUCCGUCGCCGAUGGGCGACGCGAAGGACUCCAAGAUGAGUCAAAUACAGUUCUCAUCACCACCAUUCGAAAAACAAGACAGCUCGAUAUGGCAGAAGCGCCAGCAGGCUGUGUGUGUGCGUCAUGCCUUCAAGCACUACGGGUCUAAGAAGCGGCCAAACCAUGUGCUCAGCAACCUCAACAUGACCGUCGCUAAGGGCACCAUAUACGGUCUCCUCGGCGCGUCAGGUUGCGGUAAAACGACAUUGCUGUCCUGCAUCGUGGGCAGACGAAAACUCAACAGUGGAGAGAUUUGGGUGCUUGGCGGGAAGCCAGGAACUAAAGGUUCCGGAGUCCCCGGUAAGCGCGUAGGCUACAUGCCUCAAGAGAUAGCUCUCUAUGGAGAGUUCACCAUCAAAGAAACCAUGAUGUACUUCGGCUGGAUUUUCGGCAUGCAGACCAGAGAGAUCGUAGAGCGACUUCGGUUUCUACUUGACUUCCUUGACCUGCCCAGCGAAAACAGGAUGGUAAAGAAUUUGAGUGGUGGUCAACAACGGCGGGUAUCCUUCGCCGUGGCUCUCAUGCACGAUCCUGAGCUGCUUAUCCUGGACGAGCCGACGGUGGGAGUAGAUCCUCUGCUACGACAGUCUAUCUGGACCCACCUUGUCAGAAUCACCAGUUCUGGAGAUAAGACAGUCAUCAUCACCACUCAUUAUAUUGAAGAGGCUCGCCAGGCGCAUUGUAUUGGUUUGAUGAGAAGCGGUCGACUGCUUGCCGAGGAGUCACCGCAAGCCCUUCUCACCAUGUACAGCUGUAUCUCCCUCGAAGAUGUCUUCCUCAAACUCUCCAGAAAGCAAGGUCAAGCGAACCAAGCGGUAGAACUCAACGUGUCUGGUGGUGCCCUAGGUCUGAAUAAGAUGUCGAAGCGCGAGGAAGCACCUUACGCGGCCGAUGAUCCCCAAGUACGAGGACUCAACUUCCAUCAGAGCAAAGAGGUGCUCAUCGUGGAACAUAGCGCUGGAUCUAAUGGCGAUAUUCCUGGCAAAGUGACAGCUGUGACGCCUGACUGCGAUGACUGUGGAAGCUGUUUCAAUAUAACGUCUCGUGGUAAGAUCAAGGCAUUAAUCCAGAAGAACUUCCUGAGGAUGUGGAGGAACAUCGGCGUGAUGCUCUUCAUCUUUGUGCUCCCGGUUAUGCAAGUCAUUCUUUUCUGUCUGGCGAUUGGACGGGAUCCUAGUGGAUUGAAGCUGGCGGUGGUGAACGACGACGUGCACAUAGUGGACGGUCUGUGCCCGUACAACGCGUCGUGCUCGAUGAGGAACCUGUCGUGCCGCUACCUGGCACACCUCAACAACCACACGCUCAAGGAGUACUACGCGACGCUGGACGGCGCGCUGCAGGCCGUGGCCGACGGCGACGCCUGGGGCGCGCUCUACUUCAACGAGAACUACACUGACUCGCUCGUGGCCCGCCUCGCGCUCGCGGACACGGCCGACAACGACACGCUGGAAUCGUCGGAAGUGCAAGUGUGGCUCGACAUGUCCAACCAGCAGAUAGGGCUCAUGCUCAACAGGGACAUACAGUUCUCCUACAGGGACUUCGCUAAGGACUUGCUGGAGACGUGUCACUACAACCCAAAGCUCGGCGACAUCCCCAUCGACUUCAUGGACCCCAUCUACGGCAACAAGAACCCAUCGUUCACGGACUUCGUAGCGCCAGGAGUUAUCUUGACUAUCGUGUUCUUCUUAGCAGUGGCCCUAACAUCAUCAGCUCUGAUCGUGGAACGUAUGGAGGGUCUCCUGGACCGGUCGUGGGUGGCUGGAGUGUCUCCCGGCGAGAUCCUGUUCUCCCACGUGGUGACGCAGUUCGUGGUGAUGUGCGGACAGACGGCUCUGGUCCUCGUGUUCAUGAUCGCCGUGUUCCAAGUCAAGAAUAAUGGAAAUAUAAUAUUCGUUGUUAUGCUUACUUUGCUGCAGGGACUCUGCGGCAUGUGCUUCGGCUUCGUCAUAUCUGCAGCUUGCGAACUUGAACGAAACGCGAUCCAGCUGGCCCUCGGCUCCUUCUACCCGACCCUCCUGCUCAGCGGGGUCAUCUGGCCCAUCGAGGGCAUGCCCUGGAUACUUCGAUAUGUGUCUCUCUGUCUACCGCUCACGUUAGCGACCAACUCGCUCAGAUCCAUCCUGACACGAGGCUGGCCUAUCACAGACUCCGACGUGUACAUGGGCUUCGUCUCCACCCUCGCAUGGAUAGCACUCUUCUUAGUUGUUACUAUUACUAUAUUGAAGUUCAAAAGAAAUUAA